UGUGAAAAAUGAGACUUGUACAUUUUGACCAAUUAAAGGAAGGCAAUUUCCAAGUCCCUGUGUCUUUACAGACACCAAAUAUCAAUACAAUAUACACAAGCCUAUUAAUUAAGUCCGGUCACUUUCAGGUAAAUCGGAUCCAUAAAAACUUCAAAAACUUUGUACAUUUAACAAAUUAAAACAAAAAAGCUUUUGUAAUAAAGCUAUAUUCAAAAUAAUCAAUUUCUUGAUAAGCAUCGUUUCUGAUUUAUAUGCUGUCGUUAUAAAGACAGUGGCACAUGUAUAACUAAUUGUCAUUUACUUCUAUUAGGCCUGUGGGGGGAAAGGUGCUUUCUUGACGAAGUGUAAUGAGAAAGAAGCAUAUUUUAUGGAACUGUUCAGUAGAUUUAUUGGCCUAGAACAGAGUGAUAGCGAGACGUCAAGAUUCUAUCUCUAUGUAUCAGAUAUUUAUUUCCACGGGAGACUAUUAAAAUCAGAAGAUUUUUAGUGAUAAUGUAGCGAGCACAGGAAUUAUCGACACGUGUUGGAAUAACAGUUUUCUAAAUUUUCAUGAAAUAAAAUGUAAUUACUUUACAUUAUUCAAGGGUGAGUACGCAACAGAAAAGGGAUUUCAGAUUUUACAUUAGAAACAAGUUGGAUUUUUUAAUCAAGUGUGCAUUGAUUAUCUUUAAUAUUUGAAAAGUCAUGGGUUGCUCAAUGUCUACUGUUUCAAAAGUGAAAAAUCCACUUAAAAACGGAAAACCCACGACAAUCGACAGCUCCGAUAUUACCGAAAAUCACAAAGUACUCAUCAAGAAGACAUGGAAAAUUGUUUCUAAUAACAUGCCUAGUGUCGGGGCUAAAAUCUUUCUCAGGAUAUUUACAAUAAAGCCCGCAAUCAAGCAUAUAUUUCCAUUUAGGGAUGUAACAGGGGACGCGUUGUUACAGAAUAGCCAUUUUCGAGGCCAUGCGUCGCGGUUUAUGCAAGCGGUUGGCGCGGCUGUGGACAAUAUAAAUGCUCUUGAUACCGCUAUGGCACCGCUUCUGUUUGGACUUGGCCAGCAGCAUACACACUAUAAAGGAUUCAGUGUGGAAUACUUUAACGUGUUUUCAGAGGCUAUAAAACAUGUUCUUGAACAGGAACUUCGUUCCAAGUUUACUCCUGAUGUUCAAGCAGCCUGGUCAAAGAUGAUAGAUUUUAUUAUUUUCAAACUGACCGAGGGAUACUGCAACAACUUUGAUAAACAUUCACCAUCUACUUAAAUGAUCUACUAUGAUGUUUUGUUUAUAAUAAUACACUUACGGUUAUUGUGUUUUAUGCGUGUUUAGAAAAUAUUACUUUACUUCGUUUAAAUUGUUUUUUCCGGUGUUUAUCCUAUUGUAAUAGCUCCAUGACGUUGUAUUAUUGUCAACAACUUUCUGGGAAUCAUCAAUGCAUUAAAAAAAACCUCUACUGAGGUUUAAUAGCCGUAAACAUGAAUUUGUAGUUUCUUAAUUAAAUAAUAUUAGUAUUUUGUGUUUUUUCUUAAGUGUAAAAAGAGUUUAAUGCUUAACAUAUUUUCACAUUUUUUUCUCAAUUAAAAUAAUUGAUCUGGAUAAACGGAGAAUACUGUUAAUCUAAAAAUAGCACACAAGUUAUUGGUUCAGAAUAAUACAAAAUUGUACAUAAAUCUUAAAAAAAAUACUUCUAAUCCCGUCAU